GUGGACACUAAGAUGGCUGCCAGUUCCAAGGCACCCAACCCUGUGCAGAGCCUGCAGGAGGAGGCGGUGUGCGCCAUCUGCCUCGAUUACUUCACAGACCCUGUGUCCAUUGGCUGCGGGCACAACUUCUGCCGAAUGUGUGUGACCCGGCUAUGGGGAGGGGAAGAUGAGGAAGGCCGGGUCGAGUUAGACCAGGAGGAGGAGGAAAAUGGAGGAGAAGAGGAGGAAGUGGAGGCUGCGUGGGCCGGUGCGGGCUGGGACACCCCCAUGAGGUAUGAAGACUAUGAGGGCGACUUGGAGGAAGAGGUCGAGGAGGAGGAAGGAGUGUUCUGGACCGGGAACAUGGGCGGGCCCGACUGGGACAACAUGGAUGUGAGGGAGGAGGAGGAGGAGGAGGACGACGACCACAACCAGGACCACAACGACGACCAUGGCCACGACGACGACGACCUGGGGAUGGAGGCUGAGGAGGCCGAAUUAGAAGUGCUGGAGGAGGAUGAGGAAGAGGAGCUGGACCCGCUUCUAGACCCUCGGCAGUGCUUCACGUGCCCCCAGUGCCGGAAGAGCUUUCCCAGCAGGAACUUCCGCCCCAACCUGCAGCUGGCCAACAUGGUGGAGGUGAUUCGGAAGAUGCAACCAGCAGCAGGUUGCGGCAGCCAUGGGAAUGAGCAGGGCAUUUGUCCCCAACACCAAGAGGCCCUGAAGCUCUUCUGUGAGGUGGACGGAGAGGCCAUCUGUGGGCUGUGCCAAGAAUCCAGGAGCCACAAGCAUCACAGCGUGGUGCCAUUGGAGGAGGUGGUGCAGGAGUACAAGGCCAAACUGCAGGUGCAUGUGGAACCUCUAAGGAAGCACCUGGAGGCUGUGCAGAAGAUGAAAGCCAAGGAGGAAAGGCGGGUGACAGAGCUGAAGAUCCAGAUGAAUUCAGAGCUGGCAGCUGUGGCCUCAGAAUUUGGACGGCUGGCAAUGUUUCUGACUAAAGAGGAGGAAAGGCUGGAGCAGCGCCUUCGAGAGAUGCACGAAGCUCAGCUGGGCCUGGCAGAAGCAAUGGCCAAUCUUCUGGCUGAGCGGUCCGCCCAGUUGAGCCGCCUGCUGAACAAGGCCCAGAAACAGAGCCAGCAGGGGGCCCGGCCGCUGCUCCAGGACAUCAAGGAGACUUUCAAUAGGUGUGAAGAGAGAGGGUGGGAGCCCCCAGAGAUCUGGUCCCCUGACCCAUGUCAGCCCCACAGCCAUGACUUCCUGGCAGACACCAUAGUGAGGAAAAUGAGCCGGAUUUUCUGUCAGGCUGUUCGAGUGGACCUGACACUGGACCCCGACACGGCUCACCCGGCCCUGAUGCUGUCUCCUGAUCGCCGGCAGGUGCACCUGGCAGAACGGCAGCAGGAGGUUGCUGACUAUUCCAAGUGUUUCUCGGCCGACUACUGCGUACUGGGGGCCCAGGGCUUCCGCUCUGGCUGGCACUACUGGGAGGUAGAGGUGGGUGGGCAGUGGGGCUGGGCCGUGGGUGUUGCCCGAGAAUUAUCUCAUCAUGAGGAGGUGGGCUCUGGGGAUUCCUCGGGGGGCACCGGGGAUGCCAGUUCUUCCUCUGGCCCUCACCGCCGCCUCCACCUACCCCAUCAGCCCCUGCCCCAGAGGGAAGUGUGGUGUGUGGGCACCAAUGACAACGGUUACCAGGCACAGAGUUUGAGGGAGCAGAUGCUGCUCUGCCCACAUGAGAAACCAUGGCGCUUUGGUGUGUACCUGGACUAUGAGGCUGGGCGCCUGGACUUCUACAAUGCAGACACUCUGGCCCAUGUGCACACCUUUUCAGCUGCCUUUCUGGGUGAGCCUGUCUUCCCUUUCUUCCGGGUGUUCUCCAAGGGUACCCAAAUCAAGCUGUGCCCUUGAUCAGCUUACCACCUGCUGGGGCCCCUCUGGUCAGCACUGGCAGGGCGAGUGGUGGUGGAGGGUGGUCCAAGUUUUGGGGCUAAAAGGCUCCCAAAAUUUUCUGCAUUGCUUCCUGCUCUUCCUUGACCCCAAUUUUCCCCGUAGGAGCUUAAGGAACCUUUCUGGCCUCCAGCUCUGCCUCAUCUGCAUGGGUCCCUGAUAACAGCUGCCUAGUCUUCCCUUCCUGUCCACCCAGGGACCGAGUUUGAGUAGGGGAGGGAAUAUUUAACUUUAUUAACUUCCCUCUACCCAUUCCUGCUUUUCAACCUUCAUACCAGUCCCCAGGCUGGAUUAUUUGGGCAGGACUCACGACUCUCCCCAUUCCAAUUCCAUUUUCUGAUGGAAGUUAUAGCUAUGGAAUUUGGAGGAUUUUUGAGGGGAGGCAGGCUGGGCAAAAGGGAGAGCUGGAUAAUAACAUCUCCUCUAGGGAAGGAAGGAUUCCAAACUUUCUUCUAUCCCAAUUUCUAUCUCCACAGACUGGCCAGAAUUUAGUUUCAGUGAGAUCCAGAGUGGUUGACAUGAUUGAAACCACAUAUCAUUAUAUCCCCCCCAGUAAAUUAUUUUCUCACCCCUUUCCCCAGCAAACCACACCCUACCCUUUUCACUGCCAGACUCUUUUCCCCUUUGUUCACUGGAGUUUCAUGUUUCCAUCCUCUUAUGUCUUCAGUUUCAUUUGAUGAGUUCUGAUGGGGAGCAGGGUUCAGGUCCCUAGGAGAGCCUUGGGUAUAAUCCAGUAAUGGCGAACCUAUGACACGCA